AUGGAUCUCUCCACAAAGAACUCACCCCGUGGAAGGCCUCUCGAAACUAAUACUAUCGACCACAUCGUGAGAUGCUAUGGAGGGCAGACCAUCGCAAUUGAAAUGGAGCCACAGUACAUGCAAAAGUCCAAGCAAUCUAGAGACUUGGUUCACUACAUCGAUUUUCUCAAUCGAAGAAAUGGAGAACUUAGGAUAGAGCUUACAUUCUACCGAGAAUGCUAUCAGCACGCAGAGAAGUUCAAGGGAAAAAUUGCCGAGACUUCGCAGGAUUUACUACACGCGUGUAUUAUUGGUUUGCUGGACGAGAUGGCUUUUGAUGAAAUUCGAGACCUUUCUAAGGCGCUUGUGGAUGCGGUAGACCAACUUCGUCUCGACCAAGAAAAAGCAUUUAACGACUUUAUCGCGCCUUACAAAGCAUCAAAGAGCCCCCCAAAAGCUACUAUGUCAAUGGAUGGGUUUAUUUGA